AUGGGGUGCUAUUACAGGUUGCAAAAUGCACGACCUGAUGCAUGAUCUUGCUCAAGAAGUGGCUGGAGUCAAGUGCAAGGUUGCAAAGUCUACAGAAAGUGAUUUUGAUGACAAAAUCCUCCACUUGUCUUUUGCUUAUCAUUUGACCUCCUUACGGGAAAUCCCAAAUGACAUGCUUAAUUUGAAGCUACUGCGUACCUUUAUUUUGCCGGAGCAAAUAAAUGAUGGGUCUACCUUCAGCAAAUUCAUAUGCCAACAGUUAACAACGAGGUUUAGCUGCUUGCGGGUGUUGGAUCUACAUAAUCUCAGCCUCAAGAGUUUGCCCAGUUCAGUUGGUAAGCUUAUUCACUUGAGAUUCCUUGAUUUAUCAAAUACACAUAUUGAAGAACUCCCUGAUUCAAUCACAGAUCUUCAGAAUUUGCAAACACUAAAUCUAUAUGGGUGUUUACAGCUUAGAACACUAACAGAAAAUAUUAGAAAACUUGUUAAUUUGAAGAGGCUUGAUGUUAAAGAUUGUUAUAAAUUAACUCACAUGCCAUCGGGAUUAGCAGAAUUGACUUCGUUGAAUAAGCUGCCUAAAUUUAUAGUAAAUUAUAAGCAUUCUGCAGAAUUAAGGUACAAGCCCAACAGUACUGCUAAAUUGAGUGAUUUAAAGGAACUCGAUAAAUUGAGAGGUUACCUGCGUAUAGAUAUCUACAGAGAUUUUGAAAAGGAUAUGGUAGGAGAAGCAAUGGAAGCAAACUUGACCAAGAAACAAGGGCUGACUAAAUUGAUAAUAGCCUUUUUCUUAGCUGAUAAUGACUGUAACCAUGAUGAAGCUGUGCUGGAGGGCCUCAAACCGCAUUCUAAUUUAAGGAAACUUUGGAUUCAAGGGUACAAGGGUCAGAAGCUUCCAAGUUGGGCAAGGAGGGGUGAUUUGUGUAUUACUCUUCCAAAUUUGGUUGUGAUUAGACUUAACAAUUGUAGUUGUCAACAAGUCCCUAUGUUUAGUCAACUACGUUUCUUGAAGCGUCUUGAGAUUAUGUCUAUGGAAAGUGUGGAAUAUAUGGAGAAUGGUGUAUGUGGCACUUCCUUGCCAUCAUCAAAAUUGCAAGGGAUGCAAUCUUUAUUCUUCCCAUCUCUUGAAGUACUUGAGUUGAGGUGUAUGAAAAUCCUAAAAGGAUGGUGGAAAGAAGUAGAAGCAAUUGAAAGUACAGAUGAUUCAGAAAGUACAUUGUCACCGGAAUUAGUUGGGGCAGGCCAAGAGUAUGAUCAUAAUCAAUUAUCCAUGCAAUUUUGUAAUCUCUCAGAAUUGGUUAUACAAUAUUGUCCGGAGUUGAAAUUCCUGCCAUUUUGUCCAAAAGUGGAGGUUUUGACACUAACAGGCACCAAUGAGAGGCUCUCAGUAUUGAAGAUGGCAACAACUCUAUCAACAACAACCGCAUCUUGUUCUGGUUCGGGAAAGGUUGAUUUGAAGUUGAAGGAGCUGACAGUGGAUAAUGUGGAAGAUCAACUUAUGUCCCUCCCUAAACAAUGUCUGCACCAGCUUUUUUCAUUAACUGUUCACUGGGAUCGCAAGCUGGUGAACACUAAAAGUCUAAGAGAAGCGUUUGCAACUCGAUCUAAUUCUCUCCGGCGAUUGGAAUUCUUUAGCUGCAAUAGCUUGAGAAGCAUAUCUCAAGGCCUGGAACAUUUGACUGAAUUGGAGAAAUUGACCUUUUGGAAUUGUCCAGAGCUUGAUGUAUCGGUAAAUGAACAACCAACGCCAAGUAGAGAGGGAGAUGAAGAUGGCAGAAAUAUGAUGCCAUGGAAAGCCUUCAAAACUAAUCUUCGCUCUUUGGUUUUUGAAGGACUUAAUAAAAUGGUUGGUCUUCCGAGUAGGCUUCAACAUUUGACGAACCUCCGUUAUCUGAAUCUAUCAGGAAAUAAAGAAUUGAGGGAAAUACCAGAAUGGAUAAGUUGUUUAUCCUCUCUUGAAGAUCUGUAUUUGCGGUGUUGUCCCAAAUUGACAUAUCUACCGGAAGCCCUUAGCAAGCUCACCUCCCUAAAUAAACUCAGUAUCAUAGAAUGUCGAGGAUUGACAGAAAGAUGUCGAUGCCCAAAUGGUCUAGACUGCCCCAAAUUUCAGCACGUCCCUCUUGUUACUGUAAUAGAUUAGAUUAUAUUAGUACUGUUGUCUGUUGGUACUUGAUACUCUCCUACUCUGUAUGGUAUAUUGUAGGAGUGUAGGCUAAUAAAUGUAUUUUCCCUUGAAUCUGAUUUCAUACCUGAGAACUUUGUAAUGCAUCUAUACUCUUGCCCUUAACUAAUUAAGGUCACCUUUGUACUUGGUUAGGGUCACUUUUUCUCUUGAGUAAGAUCACUUUUGUCUUUGGUUAGGGUUACUUCUGCCUUUGAGUAGGUUACUUUUGUCCUUGAGUAGGGUCACUUUGUCCUUAAUUAAGAUAUUAAUCAGGGUCAAUUUGAUCAUCUAUACUUUUGCCCUUUAGUAGGGUCACUUUUUUUAUUAAUCAAGGUCACCUAGCUUUAUCCUUAGUUAUGCACUUUACUGCUUUUGGUAUGGGUCAAACUUGUCUUGGAUUGGGGUCACUUUUAUCCAAGGUUAAGAUCACUUUUACUAUUUGGUUGCUAACAAUUGUUUUUAACAACACAAGAGCACUUAGACAUCUUCCAAGCUAC